AGUAGGAAGUCCGAAUAUGUUAGAACGAGAGGCAGAACGGAUGACAUUGCUUGAUUCUUGGAAAUUUUAUGAUCCGAAAGGACCGAUUACUGGUGAUCGAUCAAUUCCGGGUAUUGGUAUACCUGGAACUGGAUCUGAUUUUCAGCGGUUUCUAACCUAUUUGGGUAUACCUGUAAUUGAUAUGAAACUUGAAAGUGCUCCAUUAUAUACUUAUAUGCUUUAUCAUACAAUGUAUGAAAUUCCUUGGCUAUUCGAUAAUUUUCUUGAUCAAAAUUAUACCGCAUUAAUGGCUGUAGGACAAUUAUGGCUCGAAAUUGGACGAGAUAUUGCGGAUAGUUUAAUAAUUCCAUUUAAUUUACAUGACUAUGGUUUGGUAUUAUCGGAUUUUAUCGAUCGAAUGGAUCAACAAUUGGAAUAUAUUGGAAUUCCAAAAGCUAUUGGAGUAAAAACAUAUCAUAUGAUUUUGGAUAAUUUACGUGAAGCAUUAUCACGAUUUCAGGCUAUUGCAAAUAUAAUACAGGAAAUUGCUCAAUCAGUUAAUACGGGUCAUGAAUCGAUAAGUAUCAAACAAGCGGAAAUGUUAAAUAACCGGAUGCAAUAUAUUGAACGAGCAUUUAUCAUUGAACAGGGCAUUUAUCCGGAACGAGCUGAAUUUCGUCAUUUAAUCUUUACCAGUAAUAGUAUUCAUAAUGAUUAUGGAAAUUUAUUAUUUGGUGGAAUUUUAGAUCCGGCAAUGCAAUGGCAUAAUGCUUUAGUUACCGGUAAUUUAAAUAAAGCAAAUUAUUGGUUAAAAAUGAUGAAAAUUGGAUUUACUAAAUUACAUUACGGUAUCGAAUCAGUUAUUCUCAUAUUGGAGAUGGACGGAUAUUUCGAUUGA